CGCGGUUGCCGCGGUCGAGCGCAGGCGAGAGGAAUUUUCCCUGUGAACACCUUAGGGCUCAGUUCAGCUCCUGUCCAUACAGGUCGGCGAGAGUGUCUGCUCUCGCCGUUCUCCUACCGCUCACCCGCCAGUCUAAGCGCUCCCAGCCCUCCCGCGAGGGCGCCCCGGGACGGAAGAAUCCACCAGCCUGUCGGCGCCAGCCGUUCUCGUGGUCGCCGUCGCAGUCGUCGUUGUGGUAGUCUCUGCUGUCGCCUGGGCCAUGGCCAAUUACAUCCAUGUCCCGCCCGGCUCCCCGGAGGUUCCCAAGCUGAACGUUACUGUUCAGGAUCAGGAGGAGAAGCGCUGCCGGGAGGGGGCCCUGAGCCUCCUGCAACACCUGCGGCCCCACUGGGACCCCCAGGAGGUGACCCUGCAGCUCUUCACAGAUGGAAUCACAAAUAAACUUAUUGGCUGUUACGUGGGUAAUACAAUGGAGGAUGUAGUCCUGGUCAGAAUUUAUGGCAAUAAGACUGAGUUGUUAGUUGAUCGAGAUGAGGAAGUCAAGAGUUUCCGAGUGUUGCAGGCUCACGGCUGUGCACCACAGCUCUACUGCACCUUCAAUAAUGGACUAUGCUAUGAAUUUAUCCAGGGAGAAGCACUGGAUCCAAAGCAUGUCUGUAACCCAGCCAUUUUCAGGCUAAUAGCUCGUCAGCUUGCUAAAAUCCAUGCUAUUCAUGCACACAAUGGCUGGAUUCCCAAAUCUAAUUUAUGGCUAAAGAUGGGAAAAUAUUUCUCUCUCAUUCCCACAGGAUUUGCAGAUGAAGACAUUAAUAAAAGGUUCCUAAGUGAUAUCCCAAGCCCUCAGAUUCUUCAGGAAGAGAUGACUUGGAUGAAGGAGAUUCUUUCUAACCUGGGCUCGCCGGUUGUACUUUGCCAUAAUGACCUAUUGUGUAAGAAUAUAAUCUACAAUGAGAAACAAGGUGAUGUACAGUUCAUUGAUUAUGAAUAUUCUGGAUACAACUACCUGGCAUAUGAUAUUGGAAAUCAUUUCAAUGAAUUUGCAGGUGUGAGUGAUGUAGACUAUAGUCUCUAUCCAGAUAGAGAACUACAGGGCCUGUGGCUGCGCUCUUACCUUGAAGCCUACAAAGAAUAUAAGGGCUUUGGGACAGAAGUUACUGAAAAGGAGGUAGAAAUACUCUUCAUUCAAGUCAAUCAGUUUGCUUUGGCUUCUCAUUUCUUUUGGGGAUUGUGGGCUUUGAUUCAAGCCAAAUACUCCACUAUCGAAUUUGAUUUCCUUGGGUAUGCAAUUGUUCGUUUUAACCAAUACUUCAAAAUGAAGCCUGAGGUUACUGCAUUAAAAGUGCCUGAGUAAAGAGGAGGUUUAGUUAUUCUUAUGUAGCUGGGCUAUCUUUGUGAAUCUUUUCUUAAGAAAUUCUGAAAAGCCAAUAUUUGUUAAAAUUUUGUUAUUUAAUCUGGUUAUUUUGCUUUACAAAUUAUGCCUCUAAACAACCAAUCUGUUUUUUACAUUUACUGAAUGAUGUCAAGAAAUAUACCUACUGUUAUCAGUAUGUACUGGAUUAGAAAUUUGUUAAAUCUGCAAAAAGUUAUACAGAUGUCAGUUUAAUCCUUUCUUUCUUAAUUUAAUCUAUGUUAUAUGUGAGUUAUUUAUUAGGAAUUUAACAUGAAUCUGCGACUGCUUUCAUCUGUUUCAUCUGGUUUGUUUAGAAUAAGCAAUGAAAAUGUUCCAGAAUAAGUUUUUAAAGUUUUACUUUAAUAAGAUUAAUUUUAGUAAGCAUUCUAGGUGUUCAGUAGAAACAUAUUAAACUUGAAACACUGUAAAUGAAAUGAAUAAUUUACUCUUGAAAUGCCAGUCAGUCACUGGUAUAGAUAGCUUAGGAUGUUCAUAAAAAAUACCUGUUUUGGAGAGCCAAAUACAUUUACUUUCUAUGUUGGUAGUAAUUCUUUUUAAACUUAAUAAAGAAAGUUCUUUUGGGGGAAUGUAUCUUAGAAUUAAAUUCCCUUCACCCUACAUUGUCUUCAGUAGAAAUAUUGAUAUUUACCGUAUAAUCCUGGAAUAGGUAUGAUGAGUUAUGUUGUAAAAAUCUGUAUUAAUACUCUCAUUUGCUAAAUAUGGUCAUUUAAGUUACUAGUUUCAGUGUUUAAAAUUUUACUUUAUCAAAUUGUUGCUACCCAAAACUUUUGUUUUACUUACUGAGUUGUUUUAGGUUUUUGUUUGUUAUUAAAUAGUAGCUAGUAGAAUGACUGCUAAUUUUUGAAACAGAUAUAGAAAAUGUAGCAUAUUUGGGAACAAGAAAAUAUCAUUUAGAUCAGUUAUUUUUACCUCUCCAGUUUCAUUCCUUACAGUCUGGUUUCAUGUUUUAGUUUGGUUCUAUUCUUUAGGGUGAUAGCACAUGAUUACUUGGUACAUGUAAGUUCAAGGUAAUAACAUGAGGCUGUUAAAAGAAUUAAAUAAGGAACAUUUAGUACAUUGAUCUUGUAUGCUUAAAUCUGAUGUAACAAAAUGUGAAUUCAGCAGAAAUAGUCAUAGUAGGAUGGCUUUUGUUGUUGUUUUGUCUUAUUUUUGUUAAGUAUAUUUUUUAAAUUUUGUUUGAGUGGUGAGAGAAAAGCAAUUGUUAUAUGGAAGGAAGUUAGAUCUUUGGGAUAGAUAAGUAGGUUCAAGUUUUGAAGAUUGUGUGAUACUGAACAAUCCUGGUUAACUUUACUUUGAAAAUUAGUCUGACGAGCUUUGCACUUUGGUCACAUAAGUGCCCAUGUACAAAGUUGGCUCAGUUUAUCUGCAUAUUCAGAAUAAGCAACCACAACUUUAUACCCUGAGAAAUCUCAUGGGGAGUCUGAUGUGGUAUUUCAAAUGACUUAUAUUCUCAGACAAGUGCUUUAAAAUACUUGGAUUAUUUCAAGAUGUUUAAAGCUAAUAAGUAGAAACACUUAAAGGCCAUAUUAAAUGGGAAAUUCUAGUUACAGAAUCUUAAAGUCAGUGUUAGGAAAAGAUUUGUUUUCUACCUCCCCAAUAUUAUAGAUGUUCACUUUUGUUCUUAUUAACAAUGUUACUCUAUGAUCCAGUAGAAUUUUGUCUAGUUGAUUAAAUGAAUGGAACCAAUUAAAAAAUUAAUUGAUGGAAUUUUCAUCCAUGGUUGGAACAUUUUCAUAGAAGGAUGAAGAAAUAUAAUGCUCUUGGGUUUUUUUCUUUCUGACUUCUUAAAGUGAAACAGUAUGUAUCUUGGAGAACUAUGGGAGGAGAAAAGGGCAUUUUUCUACCUCAUUCCAUAUUCUUCAAACCAUUUUGAGUAGAGAUUCACUGAGCCAUUGUUGGUAGACUGUGCAUAGUUGCUACCUGUGACACUAUUGUAUGUAUUUGAGAGAUAUUCAUAACAAGUGAAGUGGUGGGGCUGGGUAAUAGAGUCUCUCACUUUAGUCCUAGGAGUAUACAGUGUAUCUUGUGAACAAAGUGAGAUACUUACAUAACAUCUCACUUUGGUGAGAUUUUGAGUAUUGUGAUGCUCAUAUUUUCUGUAUAGGUUUUUGGGAUCAUGGUGCAGGCUACAAAUAGGGUUCAAAAUUACUUCCUUCUGUAUUGACCAUUUAAGGGAUUCUAAAGGAAGAUAAAUCUCAACAACAUUCUAAAAACGUUCCUCUAAAAUUUGUCUUGUGGUUUACUGAGAUGUCUUUUGCCUUUCUAUGUUAAGCUAAGGAACUUGAAUGCCUUACUUAAUAACUCAACUGAUAGUAAGCCCAUUUUGUAAAUAAUGAAAAUGGAUGUUAGAAGUGGCAUUCUUGUAUAUUCAGUGUUAUUCAAUAGACCAUAGAGGCCUAGAUGCUUUAACAAGCAUAAUUUAAUGAUUUUUUUUUUCCCUUAUGUACCUACACAAUCUUUCCUUAACAGUGAUAUUUGAUAUUUUAUUCUCCUCCUAACCCUAUGCCACCACCGUUUUUUGGAAAUCAAAGCAAUGUGGUAGCAAAUCAUGCUGUUCACAUGAUCAUCUGAGAUCAAUUUGAGCACAAAAAACUCGUCAACUGGUCUGCCUGGAAUGUAUAUAAAACUGUAAAUAAAAAUUUGUAAAUUAGUGUGACUUGUAUCUUACAUAUGAAAUAGUGUAUUGUUUUGCAUUCGCUUUCAUUUUGUAGUUUUUCUUUAAGAAAAUGAUCCAGCUCUUUGGUUUUGCACUGGAAAAAGCCAACAGUUCUGGCUGCACAGUGGGAUAACAGAGGAACUGGAAAUAGGGUUUCUGUUUUUAUGUUAAUGUCAUCACUUAUUUAUUUAGCCUCUCAGUGCCUACAAUGACUUUUUUCACCUCUUUAGUUGCCCGUUAGUUUUUGUGAGGUUAGAUUCCUGGAAGCAGUGAAUUAAUACAUUGUUAUAUUAAUAGAGCUCCAUUCUUUGAGUCAUGAAUGGAAAGCAAAUUAAAAAUAUAACUUAGUGAUUGCAAACUGAAGUAUUACCCUCUUCUGUUUUCAGAGUUAUUAACCUUUCUCUACAAAAAAUCCAUGAAGUUUUGUGUAUCUCAAUGUGAAUCUAAACCCCAUGUAUACAAGAGAUAUGAUAAAUAAUAGCUCUUGGUUCAACUGAAGUACAUCUCAGUUGGCUUCUCUAAAUAAAGUUCAUUAUUUAGAAGGGACAGAAGGGAAAUAAGUAAUCUUUUAAUGAAAACUAUUUCCAUUUUAGCUGAACUAAAACUAUUUUAAUUUCAUUUUAACUUCAAAAAUAUAUGCCUAUAAACCUUACAGAUUUAAAGAAAAAAAUUCCCUGAACACUAAAAGUUAGAAACCUCCACUUUUAAAAUUAUACAGGCAAUUCUUUUUUAGAUUACACUCAAGCCUUCUAUACGAUUUUAUAAAUUCCUUACUUUGCAAUAUAAAGAAUAAUACUAUGUAGUAGUUGUGUUUUCUGCUUUAAAUUGCUUUACUAAGCAUUUUAUACUGCAUUCCAAAGUGAUGAAGAUUUAAGCUUUUAAUAUUUUUCAGUCAUUCAGUUGAUGGAGCAACUUAAUGCUUUAUGCUAGGUGGAGCGUUGUUUUUGGCAGCAGUUUAUGCUACUUUACAGAAAAGAAGGGAAGUGCUAGUAAUUAUUCACAGAAGGAAAAGAAAGAUAAGUAUGUGGUAAAGCUACUUUAUUUCAAAAUUUAUUUGCUCUGAUUUUUCUUCUUUAGUCCAUUAGAUUUUAGAAUGUCCUUUGGGGACUUGAUUACAUAUUGAGACAAUCUGUUUUGUUUGCUUGGUUUCUUUUUUUUUUUUUUUUUUUUUUUAAAGACAAUAGUUAUAUUGAACCAUCCUUUUUUUCUCCUGCAUACCAUAUGUGUGAUUAUAUUGUUAUAUCUUGUGUUGGAUGUCUUUGGACAGAAAAGUCUAUCAAUUAUUUAAAUAAAAUUUUCCCUGUUUUUGAAGGUGUUUGUAAAUGUGUUGCUAUGAAAGAAAUUAUUUGGAUUUGCAUUUCAAGGGGGGAGAUCUUCCCCCCACCCUGCCCCCAAAAAUGGUAUAUUGAAAAAUGAAAUCUGGAAAAGUUUUUGUUUCAAAUAAGUAAUACUUGAAAACUGAAAUUAAGAUAUAUUAUAGGAUGAGUUAGAUUUUCCUGGACAGAUUUUUACACUAAAAUUUUUCAUUUCUGAAUCAUAAUUUCAAAUGGAUAGAAGAUUGGACUAUUUGGAUGGAAAAAAUGAUAGUGCUUGUAGAAAAUAGCCUUUUGUGUUCAAGACAUCUAAAAUUCAAGUUGUUAGGUUUCUGUCCUGAAAUAUGCUUUCUCUUCUUUCCUAUAUUUGAUGCAUUUACUAUGCUAUUGGUGUUAUAAAACAUUAGGGUUGAAAUACCACUAUAUCUGUGUUCAGUAUGAAUUCUAUAGCGAUUCUAGUUAUGAAAAUAGUUGCUCUCUAAAAUACCCCUUUAAUCCUUAAAUGUAGGCAUUUCUUUCUGUUUACAUCUUACCCAUUAAUGGCAUUAUAAAUACCAUUAGUCAUGAUAAGAUGUUUAUAAAAAUUGAAAACAUUACAUAUUGUAUUUGAACUAGUUUGUGAAGGGUAAGACACUCCUGAUUGGUUUGAAUUGUAGGCGUUCCAUUAGUUAAAUUUAAAAACUCCUAAUAAAGGAACUUUCAAAGAUACAUUGAAGCCUUAUGGUAUCCAUAGCUUCUGUGAUCUGGAAAAGAUCCCUCACCUCUCCUCUAAAAACAGUGAAGAAGAGAGUGUAUUCUUGCCAUGGUUCUGGUUAAAGUGUGCUGCUACUUAAAUGUAGCUACUAUUUAAAUGAAAUUUUAUUGUCCAAUAAUCUGAAGUAGUUUCUUGUAUUUACCUGUACUAAAAUAACUAUAAAUUGAUGGAAUCUGCAAAGAAGAAACUUUUUGACUGUCCUGUAUUUAGGAGCCUUCAUAUAGCUAGGUCAGUUUCCAUGAUAUGAAGUAUUUGAAUUUUAAAAUAUACAGUUAUUAUAAGGAAAAAGACAUGGCGUUAUUCCAUGUGCUUAAAUAAAAGUAAUUUCCUCAUUCAGUUUCAGAAGAAAAAAUGAGAUGAGUAAUUGUCAUUGCAUUAGCUGUAUGUUGAAUUGGGAAAUUGUGACAUAAAAACUUAAAUUUGCAUUUAUCAAAUGUGAACCAUAGUGUAUAACGCUGCUUUGUAUAUACUGUAAGUGCUGCAAAUAGUCUCAGCACUGAAAAUGUCUUGAUACCUCUCAAAUGAAUGCAACUUUCGAUGUAGGUGUUUUGAUAUGCCUCAGAAAGUAUCUGAGUGUCUAAGAACUUGUUAAUCUGUUUAGUAAUGAAGAUACUUCCUGUUUUUAUUUGUUGCAUAUUUUCAUGUUUAAAAUUUAAUUUUUACAUUUUUGCUACUGUUAAUUUAAGUAAAAUUUGUUCUGUGGAUAAAAUUGGGUUGUCAGUGAAGAAAAUUUAAAACAACAUCAUUCAUGUAACUGCCUAAGUAAAAAUACAUUUUUGCUAUUUGUUCCAAAACUUUUAAUGAAGCUGUUUGUAUUUCUGUUUAAACAUAGGUGAUAUUUAGGCUUUAUUUCUGUUUAAUAAGGCCUUCUACUGUUGAUUAAAUGAAGGAAUGUAUCUUUCUGAAGAGAUUUAUCUUCUGUAAAUAAAAAUUGGUUGUAACAAUAAAAUUGGGUUCUAACUGCA